CCUCCCCCGUGGUGGCCAUGUUCCUCCAGCGCUGGAGGAGCUGCAGUCAGUGCUGUGUGCAGCUGGAUCGCAUGCUCUGGCUCCUCCGUCCCUCUCCUCCUCUAGCACCCGCAGGACAGCAGCAUGGCAGUGGCAGUGGGCAGGCAGACCUCGCCCAAUGAUGACCUCAGGAAUCUGGCCCUUUCUGGACAUGUUGGAUUUGACAGUCUGCCCGACCAGCUAGUCAACAAGUCCACAUCCCAGGGAUUCUGCUUUAAUAUAUUAUGUGUUGGGGAAACGGGCAUUGGAAAGUCGACCUUAAUGGACACUAUAUUUAACACGAAAUUUGAAAGUGAACCAGUCUCUCACAGUGAGCCCGGAGUGCGGUUAAAAGCAAGACGCUAUGAACUUCAGGAGAGCAAUGUGCGCCUGAAGCUAACCAUAGUUGACACUGUAGGAUUUGGAGAUCAGAUCAAUAAAGAUGAUAGCUACCGGCCUAUUGUGGAGUACAUUGAUGCACAGUUUGAGGCCUACCUACAAGAAGAGCUGAAAAUCAGAAGAUCGCUUUUCAACUACCAUGACACGAGGAUUCAUGCCUGCCUAUACUUCAUUGCCCCCACCGGCCAUUCUUUGAAAUCUCUGGACCUGGUCACAAUGAAGAAGCUUGACAGUAAGGUUAAUAUCAUCCCAAUCAUUGCGAAAGCAGACACGAUUGCCAAAAAUGAGCUGCACAAAUUCAAAAGCAAAAUUAUGAGCGAGCUGGUCAGCAAUGGAGUCCAGAUCUACCAGUUUCCUACCGAUGAAGAAACAGUUGCCGAGAUCAAUGCGACCAUGAGUGUACACCUUCCAUUUGCAGUAGUUGGAAGUACAGAAGAAGUAAAAAUUGGCAACAAAAUGGCAAAAGCAAGGCAGUAUCCGUGGGGCAUUGUCCAGGUUGAGAACGAGAACCACUGUGACUUUGUGAAACUGAGAGAAAUGUUAAUACGAGUGAACAUGGAGGAUUUAAGAGAGCAGACUCAUGCUCGCCAUUAUGAGCUGUACAGGCGCUGCAAACUGGAAGAAAUGGGAUUCAAAGACACAGACCCCGACAGCAAACCCUUCAGCCUUCAGGAAACAUAUGAAACAAAGAGGAAUGAGUUUCUUGGAGAACUGCAAAGGAAGGAGGAAGAAAUGAGACAAAUGUUUGUCAUGAGAGUGAAAGAAAAGGAAGCAGAGCUGAAAGAGGCUGAGAAAGAGCUCCACGAAAAAUUUGACCACCUCAAAAGGACUCACCAAGAGGAGAAAAAGAAGUUGGAAGACAAGAAAAAGGAGAUUGAGGAUGAAGUGAACAUGUUCCAGAAGAAGAAGGCUGCCACACAACUUCUUCAGUCCCAAGCCCAACAAGCUGGAUCCCAGCAAACCAAGAAAGACAAGGACAAGAAAAAUGCAAGCUUCACAUAAAGUGUGCCGAGCCAAGGAUGUCCCAGCAUUCACCUGCUUUUUGCAGUAAUGUGUCCCUGCCAUUUGUGUUCCUUGACACAGACCACUAAUUACUCAUUUAAUGCAUCAUGUUUGGCUGCCCGUGGGGGAGACUGCGUGCACUCGGACUUAGUUUUGUUGCUGGGAAGCGAAUGUUGCCAAGCCUGGCCUGCUCCGAAUGGCAGGAAUGCGUGCCUAUCACAAUCGUGCUCCUGCUGGCUAAAAUCUGACUAAUCCUUGAAGACCUUGCCUGCAUGUAUUUAGAAUGGACCAAUCACUGACCAGAGCCGUUACAGGGACAUCGCACCACGGUUACAAGUAGCCGCCUGACCAGCGAGCAGUAUGCCCAUGGCUAAUAUCCAGUAAAUCUGGCAGAAUUCAGCGAUUAGGUGACUAGAUGAUGCAUUUUCAUGUCGGAAUCCUUCCCCUCGGAUACCAGUGUGAACCAUUCCACUUCGCUUUGCACAUCUAAUUUGCAGAAACCCGUUUUGGCAUCUCCACCAUUGAAAAUGCUUCACACUGGUUAAAAGAGGCCAGACAUGAAAUGGCAGCCAUAUGCAACGAAAAUGAACGCUGCUAACGGACACGAUGAUGAGCAGUCACUCGUUAAUAAGCUCUUAUUUUCUAUCUUUUUAAUCUCUUGGGAAAAUGCUAUGGCCUCAGCUUAACGCUUGAUACCUUUUUGGUUUCCUUCUGAGCCUCCGAUUCAACGCGAAGCUCACUUGUUUGGCAAGGCAGCUGGCUUACUAAGCAACACGACCCUUCCUUUUUAUACCAGUAUUAUCCAGUUGUAAUAAAUGUCACUUUUCCGUAACCUCACCUUUGUACGUUUACUUCAGAGAGCAGGAGAUUUCUCGGUUUGUGUGUGUGUGUGUGUGUGUGUGAAGGAGCUCCUUGACCCCGCACAUUACUAUUAUUAUUUUUUUUUCCCAAGUAAACUUUCAACCCUGACAUCCAGAGCCCAUCUUGUGUUGGCAUACAUGGUAAGAAAUCUGACUAAACUGUGUCUUGUAUUCUCUCUCUAUGCGGUUCCUUCCCGGACAGCAGCUAUCCCAAUAUGAUACAUUCCAGGAAGUGGCGACCCAUGUUUACCUUUUGACUUCUGGAUUUCUUUCUCUUCUGAUGCUGUUUUGCCUGAUCCCUGUCUGCUCCUAGCUAGGUAGCCUCUUUUCUUGUCUGUAAGCCCACCCGGGUCACGGCUCACCUACUACUGCACCUCCCACUAUGCCUGCAGCUGACUCCCCCCCUCACUUGCCAGAAUGCAUCCAAUGCGCUUCUCUUCUGCUUGAUAUUGCCAGGAUGGUGCCUAGUAUGUAUUUUUGCACUGCCUAAACAUGGCUCUGGGUGGUGUUUUAUAUAGGAAGGACCACUAUGCAAGCAGCAACAUACAAACCUGCAGGGGCAUUGGGAUUUACGGGUUUAGCAACGGUUGACGCUUUAGACAGCAAAUCAGAAACCAGUUUCCUUCUCAUUAGUGUCUAGUCACUCAUUACGCCCAGGCUCUUCAUGUUGUGUGUGGUGGUUUUGCCUGCUAUGCAGUUAAUGUACACUUUUUGUAUACUUUUUAAGACAUGUGCCAAGAUCUGUGCCCAUUUCAGCACCAUUUUUUAUAGUAUUCUCUUUAUAUUGUUUGAAAAUAACAUUUUGAUUGGUCUCAGGAAUUUUUACCAAAGCUGUAUUUUGAGGAGAAAAGUCCAAACCAAAAGCAUUGCAUUAUAUAUAUUAUGUGGCAUAAUUGCUACAUUAUGUGGUUAAAUCUUAAUUUUACAUGUAUUAUUUUUUUUUUUGGUACUUGGAUAUAAUUUUUUUAGCAUUAAAAAAAUGGAGUCUUCCAAGUUGGUGUCUUCUACCAGCCUUAAUUCCAUGCCAUAUCCCUGGGCCAUGUUUAGCACAAUGCCGCUGCACCUGUAUGUCUUUCUUUCUGUCUAUACUUUUUCCACAGUAGUCCUUGGCUGUGCACGGAGUAAGUGGCUUCGUUCCAAUCUGUUUGGAUGUGCUUCCCCUGCCCGCAUGUAAGUAUCUCAGAGGCCUGGGUUUUUAAUCUGGAUGGAUGCUGUAGAAUGUGGACUUGUUUGAACAAGAAUAAAAUAAUGUCAGCUUUGUUAUUUAGUUACGUCAACCAUUCAGCCAGCAUGAGGGCACAGAGGGAAGAACUGUACAGUCGUGUCCUUUCACUCAAAUGUGCAGUUUUUCUCUUCAGUGAUUUGAUGGUUGCCUUCAAAAACUCAACAUUUUUGUGAGUAAAAAGCCAAUGCCCAAAAAAUCUGAAGGUACAGAAAACUCCAGUUUUCCAAAAAUGUGUUUGUGUUUAUAGAAAACAGCAGAAUAACUUUGUGUCAUGACGGUUAUUGAACUUGCUACACGUGGAAAGCUUGUCCUUUGGCAAGUUCCCAUAGGCCAGAUUUGCCUUGGUUACUGUCCAAUUUUACCAAUAACUCAGGUUUACUUUUGAGUCUUGCGUUGAGUCUCCUGGUUGCUUUAUGCAGGCUCUUUGUGUGGAAAGAUAGAGGUAGUGAAGCCAAAAGAAGCCUCUUGAGACACACAAACUAACACCGUAGCAAAUAUGACACUCGAAACUGCAUUCACAAAAUAUAAAAAGUUCCAAGAUCCAAUGAGUUAUUAUAACAUUGACUAACCAGGAGCCAUUAUAAAGCUGAAUGCUAACACAACAGCCAUGCUUCCAUGCGUUCCCACUGCAUUGUCUUGGCUCUGCUUGCCUUUGCCUUGUUUCUCAUCGCUUCUCCCACUGCAGUGGGUGCAAGUUCUUGGGUCGUCACAUUUUCUCAUUCUAAAGAUACAUCCAUUGUCCUCACCGCAUCUUGUUUUGCAGUGCAUUUGGAUUAAUAAGGUGUAUGCCAUCUGGAAAGCUUAUGGAUGCAAUUUAAAGCUCACUGUUACUUUUUUUUUAUCCUGAACAUAAAGCUGUGAACAGCACUAGGAAUAAUGUAAUGUUGUACUUUAAUUUUUAUAUAUAUUAAAUAUACCAAUAGCCUUAAAUUGUAGCUUUAGGAGUUUGAAUACCAGUAUUGUUCAAAAUGUCUUUUUUUCCGUUAUUUUUACCUUGCACCCAGUGUUAAUGCAGUAUUCUAGAAUUGAUGCAUAUGGUAGGCACUUGUUAUAUGUUUGAAUUUUUAAUGGUGUUUGAACAUUUUGUGUAUAAACUAUAAAACUAUAUAACUUUUUGAAUACCAUUUUGUAUGUUAGACAGAGGACAUGAAAAUGUUGCCAGCACAUAAAAAUAUAUACUUUUACCCCACCUUGA